CUAUGUCAUGCUGUUGGUGGUGGUGGGGGUUCCCCUGUUCUUCAUGGAGCUGGCUGCGGGCCAGUGUAUCCGUCAGGGCAGCAUCGGUGUGUGGAAGCACAUCUCCCCCAAGCUGGCCGGUAUCGGCUACUCCAGCUGCAUGGUGAGAACAACAGGUUGGCCGGUAUCGGCUACUCCAGCUGCAUGGUGAGAACAACAGGUUGGCCGGUAUCGGCUACUCCAGCUGCAUGGUGAGAACAACAGGUUGGCCGGUAUCGGCUACUCCAGCUGCAUGGUGAGAACAACAGGUUGGCCGGUAUCGGCUACUCCAGCUGCAUGGUGAGAACAACAGGUUGGCCGGUAUCGGCUACUCCAGCUGUAUGGUGAGCACAACAGGUUGGCCGGUAUCGGCUACUCCAGCUGCAUGGUGAGAACAACAGGUUGGCCGGUAUCGGCUACUCCAGCUGCAUGGUGAGAACAACAGGUUGGCCGGUAUCGGCUACUCCAGCUGCAUGGUGAGAACAACAGGUUGGCCGGUAUCGGCUACUCCAGCUGCAUGGUGAGCUCAACAGGUUGGCCGGUAUCGGCUACUCCAGCUGCAUGGUGAGAACAACAGGUUGGCCGGUAUCGGCUACUCCAGCUGCAUGGUGAGAACAACAGGUUGGCCGGUAUCGGCUACUCCAGCUGCAUGGUGAGCACAACAGGUUGGCUGGUAUCGGCUACUCCAGCUGCAUGGUGUGUUUCUUUGUGGCUCUCUACUACAAUGUCAUCAUCGCAUGGAGUCUCUUCUACAUGGGCAACUCCUUCCAGUAUCCUCUACCCUGGGAGCAGUGUCCCAUCAACAUGACCACCAAUAACACUGUAAAGGAAUGCUUAGGUAGCUCCCCAACCUCAUACUUCUGGUUCCGGAAGGCUCUAGACAUCACAGACUCCAUCGAUGAGUCUGGUGAGUUUAACCCCAUCAUGACGGGCUGUCUGCUGGCUGCCUGGGCCAUCGUCUGUCUAGCCAUGAUCAAAGGCAUCAAGUCCUCUGCCAAGGUGAUGUAUUUCUCCUCAGUCUUCCCCUAUGCUGUGCUGUUCAUCUUCCUCGUCAGAGGCUUGAUGCUGGAUGGAGCCAAGGAGGGAAUCGCCUACAUGUUCUACCCUAAAAUAGAAAUUUGGGCUGAGGUGCAGGUGUGGCGGCAGGCAGCCACACAGGUGUUCUUUGCCCUGGGCCUGGGCUACGGCUCUGUGAUUGCCUACUCUUCCUACAACCCCAUCCACAACAACUGUCACCGUGACGCGCUCAUGGUCUCUUGCAUCAACUUCAUGACCUCAGUGCUCGCAUCACUGGUGGUGUUCGUAGUGCUGGGCUUCAGGGCCAAGAACAUUGUCCUGAACUGCAUCACCCAAAAUCUGGGCCUGUUAAACGACAUGGCCACACAUGGAAGCAACCAUCACUGGUGGCCGUGGUUCAACAUGUCUGAUCCUGCCUCCGUCACCAUACCUGACUACAGAGAGUGGUACCAUCACUACGGCUCCCAGGUGGGGACAAACAUCACCGACUGUGACCUGGAUGAGGAGAUGAGCAAGGGUGUGGAAGGGACGGGCCUGGCGUUCAUUGCCUUCACAGAGGCCAUGGCCCAGUUCCCUGCCAGCCCCUUCUGGUCCACGCUCUUCUUCCUCAUGCUGCUCAACCUGGGCAUGAGCACCAUGUUCGGCACCAUGCAGGGGAUCCUCACCCCCCUCAUGGACAACUUCAGCCUGCUGGGACGCCACCGGACCAUGCUCACAGUGUGCAGCUGUGCCCUGGGCUUUGUGAUCGGACUUUUGUUUACCCAGCGCUCAGGGAACUACUUUGUGACAAUGUUCGAUGACUACUCUGCCACCCUACCCCUGAUCAUCGUGGUGGUCUUUGAGACAUUCGCUGUGGCCUGGGUGUACGGAGCUGACCGCUUCUUGGAUGACAUUGAGAUCAUUCUGAAAUGGCGCCCCCCGGUGCUGUAUAAGUACCUGUGGAAGUACGUGUGUCUGUUUGCUAUGGUGGGCCUGCUGGCGGCAAGUCUACUGCGAAUGGUCUUCAAACGACCGACCUACACAGCCUGGAACCACACCACGGCAUCGGAGACAACUCUGGAGUACCCAGGCUGGGCCCUGGCCAUGUUGGCCAUGCUGAUCCUGGCUGCCACCCUGCCUGUCCCUGUUGGCUACUUCCACUCCUGGCUGAAGAACCGUGGCAUGGGCCCCGAGGGGGAGCUCGCGGGCCAGGAGAUAGACAGAGAGAGGUACACCAAGUGCAACUCCAGCGACGCCCUGGACUCCAACUCCCAGCAUACCCCUUCGGUGGAGGAUGAUGGCCGACCCAGGGCUAGCUUCCUACCACUGGGCCUCGACCACUACAGACUCCUCCCACAACAGGAAGACGUGGAGGAGGAGGAAGAGGAUACGAUGUGAGAGAGGGUUUGAGAAUCGAGGGACGAAGAGAGGAGAGUGGCCGCGGGAAAGAGAGACCCACUUUAGAGAGAGAGAGAGAGAGAGAGAGCGUCUCUUGACUGAAAUAGUGGAAAGGACUCCACUUAUAUCCCCAGACUUUUAAUUGAUAGUGAAUCUUAAUAAUGUAUUACAAUGUAUAUGACCGUUCAUCCAUAUUACCAAAGAAACCUAACAUUAGCACAAUGUAAUAACCUGUAUCCUUAGUGCCAACGCACACCUAUCAGUCACCUAUCAUAAGUCACCUAUCAUAAGUCAUGUAUCAUAAUUGACCUAUCAUAAGUCACCUAUCAUAAGUAACAUCAUAAUUGAACUAUCAUAAGGGACCUAUUAUAAGUGACCUGGGGUGGCAGGUAGCCAAGUGGUUAGAGUGUUGGGCCGGGAACUGAAAGGUUGCUGGAUCGAAUCUCUGAGCUGACAAGGUAAAAAUCUGUUGUUCUGCCCCUGAACAAGGCAGUUAACCCACCUUUCCCUGGUAGGCUGUCAUUGUAAAUAAGAAUUUGUUCUUAACUGACUUGCCUAGUUAAAUUGACUAUUUACAAAACCUAUCAUAAGUGACUUAUUAUAGGUGACCUAUCAUUAUACUGAUAAGUACUGUAAGAAGUGCCUUAUUAUAGGUGACCUAUCAUUAUACUGAUAAGUACUGUAAGAAGUGCCUUAUUAUAGGUGACCUAUCAUUAUACCGAUAAGUACUGUUCGAAGUGCCUUAUUAUAGGUGACCUAUCAUUAUACUGAUAAGUACUGUAGGAAGUGCCUU